UUGCUCUCUGGGUGUCACUACAAGAGAAAAGUGUAAAGGUUCACACUAGUCAUUACAGAAGAGCGAACAUGCUGGGCCUAAAAUUACUACUGUGUGCUGUUAUUUUUCAGUUGUCGGAAUCUGUGGCUAACCCUCGUCGUACAUGUUUCUAUGAUGGCUGGUCUGCUCAAAGAGAUGGUAUAGCCAAAUAUACACCGGAUUUGAUCGACCCCUUCCUCUGUACUCACCUCGUGUUUGCGAAUGCAAUAGUCAGGAAAGCCAAAGUUUGGGAGAUUUACAGGCGGAUAAUGAAAGACACAAAUAACUACAAGACAUUUAACAACCUAACGUCGGCCAACCCGAAUCUUAAAACGUUGAUUAUGUUAUCCGAAAACGAUCCAGGAGAUUUAGAAAACAUGGCACGAGAUACCACAAAUAGAACGACUUUCAUCAGCAGCAUCAUCCCAUUCUUGAAAAAACGAGAUUUCGGAGGCCUCUGUCUUCAAUGGAAAGGGAACUCUGACUACUUCAAACUAAUGAGCCAGGAAAUUCGCCAAGCAUUUGAUGCUGAAACAGCAUCAACAAAUAUUACUUUUCUUUUUGUCGCUGAUCUCAUUGGACCUACACUGGACGACUUUAACUACAACUAUGACCUCAACACUAUCAAAGAAACUGCAUCGAACUUCGACUUUUCGACUUUGCAAUCUUACGCUUUGUACGACGAGUCUGAUGAUACGGUGACUACACAUCAUAGUCGAAGAGUACCAAGAAGCACCGAUUCUGGCAAGGACAGAUUCCUCAAUAUGAAAGCUAUAGGAGAUUACUUCAGUUUCCUUGGAAUUCCAAAAUCGAGCAUGGAUAUGGGUAUUGCCACCUAUGGACGUGGCUACGUUUUAUCUAACGAUUCAAACGAUGGUGUUGGAGUUGGCGUCACAGGACCCGCACCCGCCUCUAAUAACACUGCUACUCUUGGUUUUAGGGCAUAUUACGAGCUUUGUAAAUCCGUCGAGGUAGGAUCUGGUGGUGUGUUCCGCGAUGAGGGAGUUCCAUAUUUUGUUGGAAGUUCCUUGUGGAUUGGCUUUGAUGACAUUCAAAGUGUCACAGAAAAAGCGACCUGGAUCUUCAAUGAAGGCUACGGCGGCGCCGCUGUAUGGGGGUUAUCCUUUGACGAUUUUAGUCAAUACUGUAGUUCUUCUGACAGGCCGUAUCCACUUCUUAAUACCCUCAAAGAUACAUUUGAACAGGCUGUCGCUCCAGCUCCUCCAAAAGAGUACAGACGGAUGUGUUAUUUUACCACAUGGGCGGCCGACCGUUAUGGACCUGGUCAAUUUACCGUCAAUGAAGUAGACGAAUUCCUGUGUACCCAUCUAAUUGUGGCCUUCGCCGAGGUGUCGAGCGAUAGUGAGAUUCAGGCUAGCAGCGUCAACGACACACUGAUAUACCAAGAUGCCACAAGCCUAAAGGCAAACAAUCCUGACCUGAAGGUCCUGAUUUCUGUUGGAGGAUGGAUGCAGGGCAGCCCAAGGUUUUCCCACAUGGUUUCAGGACCUAAACGGAGAAGGGCCUUCGCCGCCUCUGUCAUUAGCUUCCUACGUUUACAUGGCUUUGAUGGAAUCGAUUUGGCUUGGCAGUACCCAGCUCAAAGACAUGGGUCAAGACCCGAAACAGACAAAAAAAAUUUCGGAAUUCUCCUUAAGUUACUAAGACAAGAAUUUGACGCGGAAACUCUUACUGGAAACAUGACUACACUGAUAUUGACGGCUGCAGUUGCUGCAGAGCAGGAACACAUUGACUACGCAUACGAUGUGAAGGCUUUGUCAGAAAACUUGGAUUUCCUGAGUAUCAUGACGUUUGACAUGCAUGGCUACUGGGAUGAGUUUACCGGCCAUCACAGUCAGUUGAAGCCACUCAGUUGGGAAAGUGGACCUGAUGGAAAUCUUAACUUGGAUUGGGUUGGGAGGUAUUGGCACAUGCGUGGAGUUGACAAAGAAAAGAUCAACAUUGGAGUGGCUACAUAUGGGCGUGGUUUUGAACUCUCAUAUGCACCAUAUGAUUGGAUUGGCGCUUAUCAUGAUGGCCCCAAUGGUCCAGGCAACUACACUGACGAAGAAGGUUUCCUAGCAUAUUACGAGAUAUGCCCAAUGGUUGCGAGUGGAGAUGGCGCAGUUGAGAGAGAGGCAGGAGUACCCCAUUAUGUCAAGGAUGAACUAUGGAUUGGUUAUGACGACGAACAGAGCAUGAGUAACAAGAUGCAGUGGCUAAUAAGUGAGGGAUAUGGCGGAGUCAUGAUUUGGUCAAUGGACUUGGAUGACUUUAGGCAGACAUGUGCUUCUUCUCAGAGUCGCUUCCCUUUAAUCAAUUCCAUUAAGAAUACACUGACAGGUUUGGCAAAUGGCACGCUCACAACAGUUGUUACUGAGGGAACGACAACAUGGGAAUCAUCGACAAUGUCUUCUACAACAGAGGAAGGACCACACAUUAACUGCACGGUGUUACCUGUUGAUGGACCAUACGAAAACCCUAAUAACCCAAGAACCUUUUACAAGUGUUCGCACGAUAAGGCCUAUCUGUACUGGUGUCCCUCGGACUUAGAAUUCAACGCAACAUUAUCAAUUUGUGACUAUCCUUGAAUAAGCUACAAUAUAUGUCACUAACUUACCAUUAUUUCAUAUUCAAACUGUAUCCUGAUGCAUUGAAAUGAUAUGCUUGAAUUGUUGUGAUGACCACGGUAUAAAUAUGUAUUGUAUGAACAAGUCAAUAAAGGCAUUCAUGCUAACAAUA